GCGCUGGAUGAGGAGCUGGAGCGGGACGAGCGCGUCUUCCUGCUGGGCGAGGAAGUGGCCCAGUACGAUGGCGCUUACAAGAUCUCCAGGGGUCUCUGGAAGAAGUACGGGGACAAGAGGGUGAUCGACACCCCGAUAUCAGAGAUGGGCUUCACAGGAAUUGCUGUCGGUGCUGCUAUGGCAGGGUUGAGACCAGUGUGUGAAUUCAUGACAUUCAACUUCUCCAUGCAAGCAAUUGAUCAGGUUAUAAACUCCGCUGCCAAGACCUGUUACAUGUCUGCAGGAUCAAUCGCUGUUCCCAUUGUCUUCCGGGGCCCCAAUGGGGCAUCAGCUGGAGUCGCCGCUCAGCACUCGCAGUGCUUCGCAGCUUGGUACGGGCACUGCCCGGGACUGAAAGUUGUUAGUCCUUGGAGCUCAGAAGAUGCCAAAGGUCUGCUGAAAGCAUCAAUCCGGGACGAUAAUCCAGUUGUGAUGCUGGAAAAUGAAUUACUGUAUGGUGUUCCCUUUGAAAUGUCUGAACAGGCACAGUCAAAGGAUUUUGUUGUUCCAAUUGGAAAAGCUAAAAUAGAAAGGCAAGGAACUCAUGUUACAUUAGUGUCACACUCAAGACCUGUCGGACACUGUUUGGAAGCAGCUGCUGUACUUGCCAAAGAAGGUGUAGAGUGUGAGGUUAUAAAUCUACGUACCAUCCGACCAAUGGAUAUUGAAACGGUGGAAGCCAGCGUUGUAAAGACAAACCAUCUUGUAACUGUAGAAGGAGGUUGGCCACAAUUUGGAGUAGGAGCUGAAAUCUGUGCCAGGAUCAUGGAAGGAUCUGCCUUUAACUACUUGGAUGCUCCAGCUGUGCGUGUUACCGGUGCAGAUGUUCCUAUGCCCUAUGCAAAAAUUCUAGAAGAUAACUGCAUACCUCAAGUGAAGGAUAUAAUAUUUGCAGUGAAGAAAACUUUGAAUAUCUAAGUUGUAAAUACAUGUUUUAAAGUCCUGCUUUAUAAAGUAUUAAUGGUAUAGGGCAAGUUGUACGCAUAACUUCUGUUGUAUAGUUACAUGAACUUUUGUACAGUGGGGAAAGUAUAGUGACCUCCCAGAGUAUUUAUAUGGGGUUACCCUCUAAGCCACACUUCAUAUAAGCAACAAUGUGGUAAUACUUGUUUGUUCAACAGUACAGGUGGGUUAGUGCUACUGUAUGUGAAGAAAUGCUAUUCUAAAUUC